GGUGGCGGCCAUUCGUUGAGAAAGAAGCGACAUUGUGAGAUUGUUUGAAGUUGAUAAUUAGUGAAUUUAAAGAGUCUUAGACACCGGUAUUUGUCUUAAUCUAUUUAAAUAGUGUAAUAAUAUAAUAGUAAAAUAUUUGUAGUGUAUACAGAGUACUGUUUUUGGUACGAUGCGUCGUAAAAGUGAGCGUACAGCUAGCAAGAAAGCAAAGCCUUCUCCCGAGAAAAAAACAGCGGAAAAGGCAAAAAAGACCAGAACAUCUAGGCGACGUAAGCAGUCUAAUUCAUCUGAAGAAUCCGGGGAGGAUGCUAGCCCAGUUCGAGAAGCAGAAGCGACCCCCGUAGUAGAGCAGGAAACGAAACCUCCACAGACCCCUACUAAAGAAAAGGAAGUUUCACCAGAAGACGCACACGAAGUGUGGCAUGUAAAAGCAGCAGAGACUCCCAGCGAUACGGGGGAAAUACAAAAAUUGAAAAUAUGUCUAACUCGGCCUCCGUCGACCCCCGAGCGAGUGGACAGAUCACCGCGCAGUCGAAGGAAGCACUCCCGUGCUACUAGUUCCAGUGAUACACCGAGUGUUGAGGGUGUCGAGGACCGUAAGAAGAGUAAGCAUCGCUCCAAACGCUCUGCGCGAGAAUCUAAGGAUGAGUCUGAGAAGAACCAAGAUAGCCAAGGUGAUGAAGCUGAUUCAGAGACACCAUCAGAAUCUAAAAAUCGUAAAAUUUCACAGAGUAGUGGAGCUGCAGGUGAUACUGUUCCUGAUGAAACUCCCAUGUCCACUACUAGCGAAGAUAAAGUGAAUGAGUCAGAUAAUCCUACAGCUAGUGAUCAAUCACAUACUGAGGUACAUUCUAAAGAGUCUGAUGCUGAAGGGAAGACUUCUGAUGCUGAUACAACAGUAGCAUCACCACGGGAUGAAGCUAAAGGAAACCAGCUGGAAGAUAGUAAACAAUGUGAUAAGAAAAAUUCACCUAAAAGUGAAUCAACAGAAACAUCCCAGGAAUCGGAUAAAGCUGAUGAACGGAAAGUAACAACACAGUCAACAGAAAGCAAAGCUGACAAGACUGAGACACAGGAGCAAUCUGAUGGGUCACAAGAAAAGGAGGAGACACCGAGCGAGCAUGAGGUAAGUAAAAGUGAAGAUAGCAGUAAUAAUAGUAAAAAUGAGGAAGCAGAGUCCUCUCAAAAUGAAAGUUCUAAAGCUAUUAAUGACAAUGAUGUUGUAGAUAGCUCUGAAAAAGUAAAAAAGAAGCAAAGACAGUCUGCUUCUCCAGAGCCAGAGAAGGAGAGGAGAGUAGAUCAUGGAACGGAGAUAAAUAAUAGUAGAGAUCUAGAACGUUCUGAUUCAACACAGUCACAAGAAGAACCCAUACACAAUGGCCAAGCAGCUCCUAUUGUUGUAAGUCGGAAAAGGAGAUGGGGCUCGAGGCCAAGUAAACUCACUACCCAGAAAUCAAUAACUAUCUCUACUGAUGUAUUGAAAGACAUUAUCCCUGAUGUGAAACCUGCUGAAUUUGAAGAGGUAAUUGAAGAAAAGAAACACAAGCGAGUUCAAUCCAAUGAGAAAGUUGACAGACCUAUUUUACCCAAGAUUGUCAUUGACAAUACUGAUCACAUGGAGCACCAUAAAAAGGAAUAUGAAGAAAGGGAACCUGAAAACUUAAAAUUCAGAGAACCAUUGUCAGCGAAUAGAAGAAUAUCAAUUGUUAAAGAUGAUAGCAUUAUUGCUCGACCACUGAGUCCACCCAGGAACAAACAAUCGUGUAUUCUGUACAUCUCCAACCUUGUCAGGCCAUUCACAUUGCCUCAACUGAAGAACUUAUUACAACGGACAGGAAGAAUUUCAGAAGAUGGUUUUUGGAUAGACAGAAUUAAGUCAAGAUGUUUUGUUAAAUAUGAAACUGAAGACCAAGCAGUUGAGACCAGGCAUGCUUUACAUGGAGUUACUUGGCCUGUGUCAAAUCCAAAAACCCUACAAGUGGACUUUUCGUCUCAGGAGGCAUUUGAUAAAGCUAAGGCUAAUGAGGAUACGGACAAUGCACAGACAACUACUAUACCCGGCACAGUGGAGGACUGGCUGCGGGAGCAAGAUAUGAAAAGAGAACGAGGGGAUUUGGAGAAACCAUGGGAGCGGAAGGCGGCUGCAGUGCGAGAAUGGGACUUUGGCAAGAAUGAGAAAGACAAGGACAAAGACAGACCCAAAAGAGAUGAACGUAUUCUGGAUAAGCGACGACACCGCACGCCUGAGAGAAGCCCAGAGCCAGCAAGGAAAUUCAAGAAGAAAGAGGAAGAAGCUCCAGCUAAGCUAUUGGAUGACCUAUUCCGGAAGACAAAAGCCACUCCAUGCAUAUAUUGGUUGCCGCUAUCUGCUGAAAUGAUUGCCAUAAAAGAGGAGCAGCGGCGCCAGCACAUGGCCGAGCAUGAGCGCCGCAUGCAGGAGCUGCGCCGCACCCACCGCCGCCACUAUGGUGGCAUUUUGAACAACACCAUGGGUCUGGUAACGUGGUGCUGCGCGGCGGCGCUCCUAUCGGUGGCGGCGGCCCAGUUUCCUAUCACCAUAGAAGAGUGGUUACGAGGAGACUUCACUCAACGGGGAUUCAGGGGAACUUGGAUUUCGGAUACUGAGUUCACUUAUGUAAUCGCUGGCGAACCCGGCAUCUAUGUUUACGAUGCUUCAAUUCAAGAAAGCAGGGUGCUAGUGUCUGGCGAACUUAUGGCGUUCCUGAAUACAUCCAGUCCCAUUUUGUCAGCAGAUAGAGAAUAUAUUUUGGCGCCGAGUGACGUUGAAGAGGUUUACAGAUAUUCUACCACGGCGAGGUUUGCCCUUUACCAUAUUGCCUCACAGCAGGUGACAUACGUCGCCGAUCACCAGCGCCUCCAACUGUGUAUCUUCGGAGGUGGGCACUCGCUAGCGUACGUGCUCGACAACAACCUUUACUACCUGCCCGAGAACUCGGAUCAGGCUAUACAGCUCACCGACGAUGGUAUCCCCGGUGUUAUUUACAAUGGACACUCUGACUGGGUUUAUGAAGAGGACGUGAUGUACACGGGCCAGGCCACGUGGUUCAACCCCACGGGCUCGCACCUGGCCUUCGCUAGCUACGACGAUACAGACGUCGGGACCUACUCCUACUACUACUUCGUCGACAAGACAGACCCCGAGGACUUGUACCCGGAGCUCUUCCAUCUCAAGUAUCCUAAAGUUGGCGACACAAAUCCCACAGUGAGGCUGCGCGUAAUUAACCUAGAACGCCUAGUGCAGGACGGCGUUUGGGAAUGGCAAACGCUAGCCGCUCCUGAAGUCGUCACGGACGACCACAUCCUCGGCGGUGUCGUGUGGCCCACGGCUUAUGAGAUCGCCGCUCAUUGGCUGAACAGGAGACAGAACUACACCGUGCUAAGAAUCUGCAACGUGCAGACUGGACUGUGCCCCGAAGAAGAGCACCGCCAACAGCCCAACGGCUGGGUGCCCAUCGUACUGUCGCGCUUCAGCUCUGCGGGAGAUUUCUACGUGUCCACGCGCUGGUCGCUUGAGCAGGCCGACGGCAACAUCUGGCAGCACCUUUACGUCAGCAUGCGUAUUAAUGGGGAAAUCGUGUCGAGUUCCAUCACACCUGGCGCUUUUACUGUGAAUAAUUUCGUUGGAAUGGAUGAGUCCACGCUCUCUUAUUACUUCACGCGCACGGUGACGGACUCCCCAUGGCAGUCUCAAGUGCACGCCGUGGGCGCGCAGGCGCGCUGCCUGAGCUGCGAGCUCGUCAUGCCGGAGGGCGGGCCCUGCACCUGGGCCACCGCCACGGCCAGCCUCCAGGCCGCCUACAUGACCGUCACCUGCUCCUCGCCCGAGGAGCCCUCCGCCACCUUCAUCAUCAACCCCAGGACCGGUGCCGUACUCGAAACUUGGGAGGACAACCAGCGAGUCCGUGACAACUUCCUCGGAAGGGACCGCCCGCAGAGCAUCAUCACCACCGUGCCCCUUCAGAACGGGUUCCCCGCGCCAGUGAGGCUGUUCCUGCCCCCCGGGCUUGAUGUCAAUGACACGGACACCAAGUACCCUUGCGUCUUCUACGUGUACUCCGGCCCUAAUACUAACACUGUCUUCGAUACCUUCACUGUGGGCUACCACACGUACCUAACCACAAAUCGCAACACAAUCUACAUGUUAGCUGACGGACGUGGCUCCGGCCUGAAGGGACAGGACAUCCUGUACUCUCUCAACAACGCACUUGGCACCGUUGAGAUCGAGGACCAUUUCGUUAUUCUCAGAGAGGUGCUAGCCCGCUACCACUUCAUCGACCCCGCGCGCGUGGGCAUCUGGGGCCACAGCUACGGCGGCUACGCCACUCUGCUCACUCUGAUCCACGACGACAACCACGAGUUCGCGUGCGGCAUCUCGACCGCGCCUGUUACAUCUUGGCUUUACUACAAUACCAUGUACACCGAGCGCUACAUGGGCGUCCCGACGGCCGAGGACAACCUCGCGGGCUACCAGGCGGGUGACGUCACGCUCAUGGCCGAGCGGCUGCGCGGCAAGAACCUUCUGCUCAUGCACGGCAACGCCGACGAUAACGUGCACUUCCAGAAUGCUGCAAAACUAAUGCGUGCUCUGCAGGAACUCGACAUCGACUUUGACCAGAUGUCAUAUCCCGACGAGGCCCACAGCUUGGAGGGAGUCGGUCUCCAUCGCUACAACGCUAUGAACGCCUACUGGGAGAAGUGCCUGAGGUUGUAACGCCCUAGUAUUGAAGCCUAGAAAUCAGACGUAAAAUGGAAACACAAUGUACAGAUUGUACAGCUGAGUAAAAAAGAGUAGAAAUAUAACUUUUUUUUUAUCAUAGCAACACUUUUCUCAUACAGAAGUGUCAAAAUAGUCACCACGUUCAAAGCAGUUUACAUAAACGGUGGCGCCCCUAUUUUUUUCUAAUCUUUUUGCCAGGCUGUGUAAUCAUCAAAUGAAAGACCCUACUUAAUGGAUGCUAGAACUUGGUUUCACUAGCUUAUUUCCGACUGGCUAAAAUAAUAAUCUUCUAGUUCUAGGUAUUCCGAUUUAGAAUCAAGCCAUGUCAAAUAUACACAAAGUAGUAGUCUGUCACACUUGCCGAUUCGUUCUAUCACCAAAUGAUUUGAUGCAGUUCCGCUAGCCGCUAUUGCUUGGCUUCGAUGAAUAUCGUACUGGGGACUUCUUAUUGUUUGAUGUGAGUUUUCUCUAUAUAUAUUAUAUCAUGUGUAAAUGAAGUUGUUCCGUGAGCUACUUCGGCAAAGACGCUUACUACCUGACAGGUAAAUGUAAAUACUAUGUCUAAACGAAAAACCGUCUCAAAUUUUUACAUUCAGUUUAUUUCAAAUGUUAAUUUCAUAGUUAUAUUAUAAUGUAAUGUAAAUAUAAGUAAAUUAAAGUUUUUCUACAAAAUA